CUCCUCUCAUCUCCAGACAGGGUUGGGCCAAACAGCAGGUGGUGCAGAAGAGAAGCCCCGGACAUGGGAUUUACAAAUCUCUGGCUUUGUGACUUCUGCACCGGACAAGAAUGGAGGAGCAAUAAAUCCCAAAUUAACUCAGGUGUCACAGCAAUAGCGUCUCUGGCCGAGGCUCGCUGAAUAAAGAUGCACAUGGACUUUGGGGGACAAAGCAGCACUCAAAUCAGAUGACUCAAAAGAGGAGAAAGAAAGCCACCCUCUAAUCUCAGGAACACUGUUUGGAUAUCUGAAUGAUGUGAGUCAUCGGCGGCAAAGGUGGUUUUAAGACACUAGGGUGCAUUUGUUUUGCAUCGAGAAUUUAUUGGUAGAUGACACUCGAUGUCAACAUUGGAGGCAAACAAGCCAUAAAUGUCUCGCUGCACUCAUCAGACGUCUGUCGGCGUGCCAGUGCAGCAUAGAUGAUUCACCCUUUAAAGAGACAAAACUGGGAACUAACACGGUUUAAUGAUGUAGCAGCUACAGGAGACUUACAUGUGGCAUAUGAUUUAAGACGGGCCAACCACAGCCACUAUGGAAGGGACAACAUCUUUGAUCUGGAUAUACGUUAACAGUACAGAACAACUGAACACUACAUAUGAGUACAACACCACAGAUUUGAGUGAAGACUUAGACAAAUACCAGUCUUAUAUUAUUGGUCUCUUCCUGUCUUGCCUAUACACCAUCCUCCUUUUUCCUAUUGGAUUUAUUGGAAACAUCUUAAUCCUGGUGGUGAACCUCAACCACAGAGAGAAGAUGACCAUCCCUGAUCUCUACUUUGUGAACCUGGCUGUUGCUGACCUCAUCCUAGUGGCUGAUUCCCUCAUUGAGGUCUUCAAUCUGAACGAAAAGUAUUAUGACUACGCUGUCCUCUGCACCUUCAUGUCCCUUUUCCUGCAGGUCAACAUGUACAGCAGCAUCUUCUUUCUCACGUGGAUGAGCUUCGACAGAUACAUAGCCUUGGCUAGCUCCAUGAGCAGCAGCCCACUGAGGACUAUGCAGCACGCCAAGCUCAGCUGUGGCCUCAUCUGGAUGGCCUCCAUCCUGGCCACCCUUCUCCCCUUCACCAUUGUGCAGACCCAGCACAGGGGCGAGGUGCACUUUUGCUUUGCCAAUGUCUUUGAGAUUCAGUGGCUGGAGGUAACCAUUGGCUUUUUGGUGCCCUUCUCCAUCAUUGGUCUAUGCUACUCUCUGAUCGGGCGAAUCCUCAUGAGGGCCCAGAAGCACCGUGGAUUGUGGCCACGGCGGCAGAAGGCCCUACGCAUGAUUGUGGUGGUGGUUCUGGUGUUCUUCAUCUGCUGGCUGCCCGAGAACGUCUUCAUCAGCAUUCAGCUGCUGCAGGGCACGGCCGACCCAUCACAGAGGACUGCUACCACCCUGUGGCAUGACUACCCACUCACAGGCCACAUUGUUAACCUGGCGGCUUUCUCCAACAGCUGCCUCAACCCCAUUAUCUAUAGUUUUCUUGGGGAAACCUUCAGGGACAAGCUGCGUCUCUUCAUUAAGCAGAAAGCCAGCUGGUCAGUAGUGAACCGCUUCUGCCACCACGGCCUUGAUUUACACCUCCCUGUCAGGAGCGAAGUGUCAGAGGUGUGACUGUUAUAAGCGAGACAAAUACUAUAGAACUGACUCCACAAACUUCUUCAUAUCAAAGUUAUAUAUCAGUUUUCUUCAACUGUUAUUUAGCUUUGCCUCAUACAGUAGUUGUACCAGUCUCUCAGUUAACCUGCUCACUUUCUGAACAAAAAAACACAAAAGCACCAAGAAUGUACACCCAAAGAAGGAUGGAAAUGAUUUGAUGUAUCUUUUUAGUAGAUAACAAAUACACAUACAGUACAUAAAAGCUAUUUUCAUGUUUUAA